AUGGCAACAAAUGCGACGUCUCAAGGUAGUUGUGCUGCUGAAACACCCAAAUCGAGUAGUGAAAUGUCACCUCAGCAGCAGCAGCAAAAUCAAACGGCGACACCAACGCUGAACAAUUUACUCCGAACAGAUGGUACUGCUACUCCUGGGACACCGGUGUACAACAUGGCGCCACAAGGGCCUCAGCCGCAGAAUGUACAACAGCAAAUGCAAAUACCACCACAUAUUCAACAUAUGCUAGUUCCACCGCAGUCUAACUUCUCGUCUCCGGGACAGAGUGGCUUCUCCUAUUUUAGCUUUAUGGGUGACUUCUGA